AUGGCAGCGACGGUAGCAGAACAAGUCGCCCUAAAAGAAGCGAAACCCGAUGAGUACGUUUCUCUCCACAGCCCAAGCAAGAUGGGCAACGCCGGUAUAAUGGCAUAUGGCGGCUGCACGAUGGGAACAGCUGUGAAUGGGGCAUGCCAGAGUGUUCAAGCCCAUUACUACUUAUAUUCCGCACUUGGCUACUACCUGGGCCCCUCAUCAACGGAUCGAAAGGUUUUCUGCACUGUGCAUCGCGUCCGCGAUACGAGAACGUUCGCCACAAGACGGGUCGAAAUUAGCCAGCGGCAGGACGAUGGCACGAAGCGACCCUGUUUCUUACUGCUGGCAGAUUUCCAGGUCAAGGAGCCUCCGAUGUUGCGCUUUUCCGCACCACCCUCAAGGCAGUAUCCCGAUGUUGACAACUGCCCCACCUGGGAUUCGGUUCGCGAAGCGCUGGUGUCUGAGCAUGGGUUGACAAAAAGACGUGUGGAUGCGCACAAAGCAGUCUUCGACCUCAUGGGCCGAUUUUGGGACCAGCGGCAAUGUCCUGAGGGUGUGUUCGCGCAGAAUCUGAUGGGGAUAGCUAAGGAAAUCAGGACAAUUCAGGACAAGCUUUCGAUUACGGAGAAGGUAUCCGCUGAUUGGGUCAGGAGCAAGCAUACUCUGGUCACGAAAGCAGAGCAGCUAUCUGCUCUGGCCUUUGUAAUGGACUGCGCGCUGUCUUUCGUACCGCUGGCCUAUAGCCAUCAGUUUCUAGAGGAUGCUGGCGCAUGCUCGAGCCUGGAUUUUGCGCUCAGAGUCUUCCUCUCAGAAAUUGAUCUAAAUAACUGGCAUCUAAGGGAGAUGAAGACUAUCACCGGGGACGAGGGGAGGACGUAUUCAGAGUCAAGGCUAUGGAAUCGAAAGGGAAGGAUGGUGGCUAGCAUGACGCAACAGAGUAUUUUACGGCUACCGAAGGGUGUGAAAGCUACAUUAUAA